GACCGUGCCGGAGACUAUUAAAACUUCUUUCUAUUUUGACACAAUUUAAACAUGGCGAGCCUCGCAGAUGUCGGUUGGAAACUCCUGGAAUUCAAAGCCCGAUCAAAAAGAUCAGAUUUGUGAUUUAGCUGAGAGAGACGAUUGGCCUUAAUUGCACCUUGUGACAAUGGCCGGUUCAGUGGCUGCGACUGCCCGGCGUCAGAAGGUUCUCAGACUCGGUUCCAUCUAUGAGCCUCUCAAACUGUCCAUUCUCCAGCGCGACGAUGAGCCUCUGUGGGAGAAGCUGGACCGAUACUACAACGCAGUCAAGACGACCAUUCUGAACUACCAGAGUCCCACCACCGGCCUUUUCCCGGUCAGAACGUGCUCCACCUGCAAAGAGGCCAAGGUCCGGGACUCCCUGUACUGCGCCGCCUGUGCCUGGGCCCUGUCCACGGCCUACCGGCGCAUUGAUGACGACAUGGGUCGGACCCACGAGCUGGAGCAUUCUGCCAUCAAGUGCAUGAGGGGAAUCCUCUACUGCUACAUGAGGCAGGCCCAGAAGGUGGAGCAGUUUAAACAGGAUCCCAGCCCCUCCACGUGCCUGCACUCCGUGUUCCAUGUGGACACCGGCGACGAGGUCCACACCAACGAGGACUACCAGCACCUGCAGAUCGAUGCUGUGUCUCUGUUCCUGCUCUACCUGGUGGAGAUGAUCUGCUCUGGGCUGCAGAUCAUUUACAACACUGACGAGGUGUCCUUCAUUCAGAACCUGGUGUUCUGCGUGGAGCGGGCCUACAGGGUGCCAGACUACGGCAUGUGGGAGAGAGGCAGCAAGUACAACAACGGCAGCACCGAGCUGCAUUCCAGCUCUGUGGGUCUGGCUAAAGCUGCUCUGGAGGCCAUCAAUGGAUUCAACCUCUUUGGAAACCAGGGGUGUUCGUGGUCGGUGAUAUUUGUGGAUCUGGACGCCCACAACAGGAACCGGCAAACCCUCUGCUCUCUGCUGCCUCGAGAGUCCCGCUCUCAUAACACCGAUGCGGCCUUGCUUCCGACCAUCAGCUACCCGGCCUUUGCCGUGGACGACGACGCCCUCUAUAGUCAGACGCUGGACAAGAUCGUCCGCAAGCUGCGCGGCAAAUACGGCUUCAAGCGCUUCCUCCGCGACGGCUACCGCACGGCGAAUGAGGACAAGAACCGCCGCUACUACAAACCUGCCGAGAUGAAGCUUUUUGAUGGGAUCGAGUGUGAGUUUCCCAUAUUUUUCAUCUACAUGAUGAUUGACGGCGUGUUCAGAGGGAACCAAGCUCAAGUCAAAGAAUACCAGGAGCUGCUGGAGCCCAUCGUCUUCCAGUCGUACGAGGGUCACGCCAUCAUCCCUAAAUACUACUACGUGCCGGCCGACUUUGUGGAGGCGGAGCAGAGCAAGCACGGGAGCCAGAAGCGUUUCCCUAGCAACUCAGGCCGCGACGGGAAGCUCUUCCUGUGGGGUCAGGCCCUGUACAACAUCGCCAAACUGCUGGUGGACGAGCUGAUCAGCCCUAAAGACAUCGAUCCCGUCCACCGCUACGUGCCCCGUCAGGACCAGCGCAACGUCAGCAUGCGCUACUCCAACCAGGGACCUAUAGAGAAUGAUGUGGUGAUCCACGUGGCCCUGAUAGCAGAGAGCCAGAGACUCCAGGUAUUCCUCAACACCUACGGCAUCCAGACCCAGACGCCGCAGCAGGUGGAGCCCAUCCAGAUCUGGCCUCAGAAGGAGCUGGUCAAGGCGUACCGCUUCCUCGCCAUCAAUAAGAAGCUGGGCCUGAGCGGGCGCCCGGAUCGGCCGGUGGGCUGCAUCGGAACCUGCAAGAUUUAUCGUAUCCUGGGCAAAACGGUGGUGUGCUACCCAAUAGUGUUUGAUCUAAGUGACUUCUACUUGUCCCAGGAUGUGAUGCUGCUGAUUGAUGACAUUAAGAAUGCCCUGCAGUUCAUCAAGCAGUGCUGGAAGAUGCAGGGACGUCCUCUCUUCCUGGUUCUCAUCCGCGAGGACAACAUCAAGGGAAGUCGCUUCAACCCGGUGCUGGACAUGCUGGCGUCCUUCAAGAAGGGGAACAUUGGAGGGGUCAAAGUUCACGUUGACAGACUUCAGACCCUGAUAUCUGGAGCAGUGGUUGAGCAGUUGGACUUCCUACGUGUCAACGAGGCAGAGAUUCCAGAGUUUAAGAGCUUCGAGGAGCUGGAGCUGCCGAAACACUCGAAGGUGAAGCGACAGACGAGUACGCCCAACGUCUCCGACCUGGAGCAGCAGCCGGAGAUCAGCGUGGAGGAGUGGCUGCACAAGUCCACCCAGGAGAUCGUCCAGAAGUUCCACGACUGCGACUGCUUGGCCAGUCAGGCCCAGCUGGCAGGCAUCCUUUUGAGAAGAGAGGGAGCAGACUUCCUGGCCAAAGAUGAGAACCUGAUGGACGAUCUGGAGAGAAUCUACAGAAGAGCUGGCAGCAGGAAGCUUUGGUCUGUUGUCCGUCUCGCUGCCAGCCUCUUAAGUAAACUAGUGGACAGCCUUGCCCCCAGUAUUACUAGUGUUUUAGUACAUGGCAAGCAGGUGACCCUCGGCCUCUUCGGGCACGAGGAGGAGGUGAUCUCCAACCCGCUGUCGCCGGGAGUGAUCCAGGGCAUCAUCUACAGCAAGUGCUCCCUCCACGGCGGGGAGCGGGAGGCCGUGCUCCAGCAGGAGCUGGUCAUCCACAUCGGAUGGAUUAUCUCCAACAACCCGGAGCUGUUCAGCGGCAUGCUGAAGAUCAGGGUCGGGUGGAUUGUCCAGGCCAUGAAACACGAGCUGAAGAUCAGGGCAGGAGACAUGCCGCCCCAGGACAUCUACCAGCUGUCUCCCAGCGACAUCAAGCAGCUCCUCCUGGACGUGCUGCAGCCCCAGCACACCAGCAGGUCUUGGCUGAACAGGCGCCAGAUCGACGGCUCUCUGAACAGGACGCCGCUGGGCUUUUAUGAUCGCGUGUGGCAGAUUCUGGAGAGGACCCCCAACGGGUUUGUGGUGGCUGGGAAUCAUCUCCCGCAGCAACCCACUCUGUCUGACAUGACCAUGUACGAGAUGAACUUCUCGCUGCUGGUGGAGGACACGCUGAAGAACAUCGUCCUGCCGGAGUACAGGCAAAUCAUAGUGGAGCUGCUCAUGGUGGUGUCAAUAGUGCUGGAGAGAAACCCGGAGCUGGAGUUCAGCGACAAGGUGGACCUGGACGGCCUGGUGAAGGAGGCGUUCAGCGAUUUCCAGAGGGACCGCAGCCGCCUGGACGGAAUAGAGAAGCAGGACAACAUGGAAGCCUUCUAUAACGCACCUCCGAUGGGGACGAGAGGCACCUCCAGCUACUUGACUAAGGCCGUUAUGAUCCUGCUGCUGCAGGGAGAUGUCAAGCCCUGCAAGGACGACCCGUGCUCCGUCAGUUAGAUUUACAGCCCCGUGACCCCUAAUCUGAGCCUGCUGCAGUGUAGUUAUUAAAUGGUCCGGCAAGGACCGCUCAGCAUCCAUCAUAUGCGGUCGGACACCGCAACCUCCGCAGCCCUCCAUCUGCCAGUCUGGGCUCAGUCUGGGCUCAGUCUGGGCUCAGUCUGGGCUCAGUCUGGGCUCAGUCUGGGCUCAGUCUGUCAGCAUAUUACAUGGCUGCAUUAAGUAACUUCCCUGCAGUGAAGGAAAUAUCCUUUAGGUAACAAUAGGUUGGGUUAGCUUAGCAUAGCUUAGCCUCGAUGCUGAAUAGCAGGUUGCUAACCUGGACAGAGGAAGAAAUGUGUUAUGAUAGGCUAAGUACAUCGGCCUGAAUUAGCACAUUUCACCCAAUGUCUCUUUCAAAAUAUAUAUGAAAAAUUUAUUUGUUUAAGAAUGAGUAAGUAAACACCAGCAAUAACCGCCCUGUUACAGUACAUGAUAUUUAGAAUGUGAGGAGAAAUAAGCUGUGAAUUCAGCCGUUACUCAUUGUCUUUAGCAUUAGAGCAGCUGAUGCUCUGAGGCCAUUUGAUGUUCUUUCAAAUCCCUACACGUGAUGACUGUUUGCCGUGCUCUCCUCCUGUCUCCACGCAUGCGCCACCUGUUGCAUGACACUAGGUCUCGUUGGCCACGCGCCUUAUGACGUCAUCAUUGAGAAGAAGAAGAGGCUCCGCGUGGCAGCGACUGCUUGACCCUUAUGGUCUUGCUGCAUUGUUGAAUGUGAGCGGCGCACGAGAUGCUGUCAGUUGAAAGCCUGACUCUGCCUCUCUGAACAUCAUCAUCCUCUCCCACCAUCUACAUGUAUGUGUGCGUGUGUGUGUUUUGGAGGGGAAGAGCUUUUAACUGUUUUGAUGAAUAAAGUUACUGUAGAGUCCAUAAAUGCGAUGAGUCUGACCAUGUGUCACUUUGGCUGCGAGCGCCUCCUGCGACGCUGACUGACUAGUGGAGCGAGGGGCGGAGAGGUGGGCGAGAGCCAGAGGAGAAGAUGAAUGAGCUCUGCCUCACUCGCAAUAUAUUCAAAUCAACUCGACACGCUGCGGAGACGAGAUGCUGCCUGUGUGUUUGAAUAAAUUGCUUCCUCCCCAAGAUGAA